GGACCAGAUCAAGAGGUGAAGGUUAUUAGAAUUAGUAAGGGAGAGAACUGUAGAGGGUAGAGAAUGUAACAUUAUGAAUCCCAUUUUAAGAAGACCAGGGCACUUCCUGCCGGAUUGGGUAUGGGGAAUGAAAAGAAGAAUCAAGGCACAUGCCAGAUUUUUUUGACUUUAGAGAAAUAUAUGGAUAUAAUUGCUGUUGUAAAGGAGAAAGACUACGGAAAGAAUAGUUUUCUGGGAAGAUUUCAGCACUCAGUGUUGAACAUGUUAUGUGUCUAGUGCUUCCCAGAGGGAUACAUAUUUCCUGUUUAUCAGUGUUUAGAGAGUUUAUAAAACUAAAGAUUGUCAAGAGGCUGAUUGGGAAGAAAUGGGGCCCAGAGACUGAGUCCUGGUGAAACCAGACAGAAGGUACAGCCAGUGAGAAAUGAGGACAGCAGCCGUGUGGCAUCGUCGGAGCCCAGUGAAGAGGACGCUUCAAGGAGGCCGGGGUGAUGGGCUGCGCCAGAUGCCCCUGGUAGUCAGCUUGGGAUGUGAUAAUGUCAGCCAGACUUCUCAGAGCUCUCACCGGAUCUCACAGUGUAUUAUCAAAAGCACAUCCAUGCCAAAGAUUGGUUCAUCUGACUUUAAAACCACUAAAGGAGUUUGGAAAUCCAACAUGCAACAGCACCCUGAUGAUCCACCAAAACCUGGAGUCACACUUUCCUGUUACAGCAGCUGAUGGCUUGAGCAAGCCUCGGGUCCUGGAAAUGAACUGGAAAAUUUCAGAUGCAAGCAGACUGUCUCCAUUAACGACUGCACACUGCCAGGAUGACAAAGGGCACCUUCUAACCAUGAAAUCACUUGGUACUCAUAGGAAAGUGACCCACAAACCAUCUCUUUUGGGUUCCCAGUGGUUUAUAAAAAUAUUAAAGAGACAUUGCUCAUCUGUAUCAACUGAAACAUUUGUUCCAAAACAAGACUUUCCCCAGUUCAAAAGACCCCUGAAAGCAUCGAGGACCAGGCAGCCCUCCAGGACCAACCUUCCAGUUCUGACUGUGAACGAGAAUCUGAUGCACUGCACAGCAUUCGCCACGGCAGAUGAGUACCAUUUGGGAAAUCUUUCUCAGGACCUGACCUCCUGCGGAUAUAUGGAAGUAACAAGCUUGCCAACAGAUGCAGCAAAUACUUUGGUGAUGGGUGUGCAAACUUCUGCAAAAGAAGGUGAUCCUGGAACAAUAUUCUUCUUCAGGGAAGGAGCUACUGUGUUUUGGAAUGUGAAAGACAAAACUAUGAAGCAUGUGAUGCAGAUUCUAGAGAAACAUGAAAUUCAGCCAUAUGAAAUUGCAUUGGUGCAUUGGGAAAACGAAGAGCUUAACUACAUGAAAAUAGAAGGACAGUCUAAACUUCACAGAGGGGAAAUCAAGUUAAAUUCAGAACUGGAGUUAGAUGAUGCCAUUCUAGAGAAAUUUGCUUUCUCCAAUGCUCUUUGCCUUUCUGUGAAACUAGCUAUUUGGGAAGCAACAUUGGAUAAAUUUAUUGAGUCUAUUCAGUCAAUUCCAGAGGCUUUAAAAGCUGGGAAGAAAGUGAAAUUAUCUCAUAAAGAAGUUAUGCAGAAAAUGGGUGAACUCUUUGCCCUAAGACACCGUAUAAACUUGAGCUCAGACUUCUUGAUAACUCCUGAUUUCUACUGGGACCGAGAAAACCUGGAAGAACUUUAUGAUAAAACUUGUCAAUUCCUCAGCAUUACACGAAGAGUUAAGGUCAUGAAUGAAAAACUCCAGCACUGCAUGGAACUAACAGAUCUAAUGCGAAAUCACCUGAAUGAAAAGAGAGCACUCCGCCUGGAGUGGAUGAUCGUCAUCCUCAUUGCCAUAGAGGUGAGUAUGAACACUGUACUGCAGUCAUCUGUCCACCUUUUUACAAAGAAAGGCAUGUGACAACAUAGACAAUUUGAGAUACAAAAAUCACAGCCAAAAAGAGGAUGUUCCAGUGAUCAUUUCACACAUAUUUUGGGGAAAUUAAAAAAUAUUAACACAAACAACUUACACACUUAGUCUUGAACUGACUUUUUUAAAAAACCAAGUAACUGUAUUUUACCAUUCAUUAAAUGUAAUUUUUAAAAGGUUCCACAUUUUAGAUACCAUGUUUAUUCUAGCGGUAAAUCAGAUGCAGCCCAGCAUCCCAACAAGCAGCUGUGCACCAGGUUUGCAGCUCACUAAUCAUCUUGGAAGUCGGUUCAUCUGUAAUAGUAAUUUCUUUGCCAUGAAAUUAAUAAUUCUUUUUAUCAUCCUAAGGUAAUGUUUGAGCUGGGACGAGUAUUUUUCUAAACGUGUGAUAACCAAAUGUGUCACUGCAGAAGAUGUUCAACUUCUACAAUCAAAACUAAAUGUUCUCUGUUGUGUAAUCUCAUGUUUACUAUGUCAUUUUUUUAAGCCAAGAAGUAUAUAUAAUGGUCUUUUCCAGCUCCUAGUUACUUAAAUAAAAAUUAUAAAGAAUCUA